CCUCAUUGCUGAACGCGCCGCGAAGGAAUAAUAAACGUGCGGAAAAUGCGCCGCGUUCUCAUUCAUUAGGCCGAGAGAAUAAAAUAUAACUCGUUCAGUUGUCCGCCAUUACCCCUUAUGUUUAUACCAAAGUAUUGAGUUCUCUGAGCCUCGCUCCUUCGCAAACGCUCUUUGCGCAUCUCGAUCUCACCGGGCAGCAUCGUCCGGUUUUCACAUUCGACCGCCUAACAUACGCUCACUGAGAUCGUCGUCAACUACCUAUCAUGACCGGCUUCAUCGAGGCUGGGGCUGUUAUUAGUCUGAUUUCAGGCGUCAUCUCGAUCACCGAGGCAACUAAAACGGUAUAUGAUGCCACCAAAGAUGCGAAAGGCCAGCCAGAUGCAUUUCGCCAGGUGGCUGCACGACUACCGCUAGUCAACGAUAUCCUCCAAAUCUCCAAAGAGAGGGUACAGACACUCGACAUGUCUGCACAGGACUCACUGAGACCCCUUCUACAGUCAUGCAAUAAGAAGGCUCAGGAUCUCCAGAAACUUUUCCAGAGGGUUAUUCGAAAGGAUGACGACAAGUGGUACGACCGAUAUAAGAAGGUCCUAGGUACACUAGGGAAAGGGGCUAAAGUGGAGUGUUUGAUGGAAGGGAUAUUGUUGGACAUCCAAGUGCUUGCAUGCGAGAGGCUUACGGGAGCCGUUACCAAUGCUCAAAUGAAGGAGCUUGAAGAGGCGAUCAAUGAAAUGGAGAAAAUGCCUACCUCUCUCCCGGACGAAGCUAGAAGUGUGCACCUAACACAUAGCGGCAGUGGUGAUAGCGUGUGUAUCGCUGACCAAGGGACCGCGAGCUUCCAUAAAGGAUCGGGAGAUAUAUAUGUAAUCAGUGGCGGGGCAACUAUUGGUAGGAAGAAUUAGUGUGAUAUGAGAGACGUCUAGAUCUGACGGGUGUAAAC